AUGUCAGAGCAACAUCAGAAACAUCAGUAUGACCUCAAACAGCUUCAAAAUGUCAAAGACAACACUGUCAUUGGUGUUGCCGUCACACUACGAGGAAUUAACCUUGUGAGGCAACUGCAUUUCUCGCAAGUGUUUAAUGAUCCCAUCCACGGGCAUGUGGAGUUACACCCACUUCUUGUCAAAAUUAUAAACACGCCUCAGUUCAACAGACUACGAAACAUUAAGCAGCUUGGAGGGGCCUACUUUGUUUUCCCUGGAGCGUCCCACAACCGCUUUGAACACUCCAUUGGAGUGGCGUACUUAGCAGGAGAGCUUGCACAAGCUCUGAAAACAAAACAGCCAAAACUCAACAUCACUGACAGAGACAUCCUUUGUGUGCAAAUUGCAGGUCUUUGCCAUGACCUGGGACAUGGGCCAUUUUCCCAUCUGUUUGAUGGAAUGUUCCUCCCCAAAGCAGGUAAAAAGUGCGAGCAUGAGGAGAUUUCUCUAAAGAUGCUUGAUCACCUGGUUGAUAAAAAUGACCUGAAGCCGGUGAUGAAGAAGUACGGCCUGGAGCCAGAGCAGGACAUGCUCUUCAUCAAGGAGAUGAUUGGGGGACCUCUGGACUCUAAUAAACAAAAGAAGGUACCUUGGAAAUAUGAAGGUCGAGACGAGGACAAGUCCUUCCUCUAUGAAAUCGUGGCCAAUAAAACAAAUGGCAUUGAUGUGGACAAGUUUGACUACUUUGCCAGGGACUGCCACCACCUGGGCAUCCAGAACCACUUUGACCAUCACCGCUUCUUCAAGUUUGCCAGAGUGUGUGUGGUGAAGGAGGGGAGGAAGCACAUCUGCUCUCAAGACAAGGAGGUGCACAAUCUGUACGCCAUGUUCUAUGCAAGGUGUAGCUUCCACAGAAAAGCCUACCAGCACAAGGUGAACAUGCUCAUACAGACUAUGAUCUCAGAGGCCUUUGUUAAAGCAGAUGAACACAUCAAGAUUAAAGGCUCAGGGGAGAAGAGCUUCACUCUCUCCACAGCCAUAGAUGACAUGGAGGCCUACACCAAGCUGACAGAUCGAGUGUUUGAAGACAUACUCCACUCCUCCUCCCCUGAGCUGGAAGAUGCGAGGAAGAUUCUCAACAGGAUCAUCACUCGUGAUCUCUACACGUGUGUGGGCGAAAAGCAUACUGCGGAAGAAACAAAGUGGAUGGAUGAGCAGUGGAAAAAUACAUUAGCUAAUAACCCUGAUGGGCUGACAGCAGAUGACUUUGAAGUUGUGACCACUUCUCUUGAUUAUGGGAAAAAACAUGAGGAUCCCAUCAGCUUUGUGUAUUUCUACAGCAAGAAUGAACCUAACACAGGAUUCAAGCGCUCCGGAGAUGAGGUGUCCAGGCUUCUCCCAAAGAACUUUUCUGAGAAGUUUGUCAGGAUUUACUGCAAGACGAAUGAUAAAAACAUUCUGGAUGCUGCCAAGGGUUACGUGUGCCAGUGGAAGAAGAAGAUAGAGAAAUUAGAGGAGGUGAAAAAGCAGUGGAAAGAGGAAUUAGCUCAAACCAUCCCUGAUGACGGGCUGACAGCAGAGGACUUUGAAAUUGUGGUCACUUCUUUCGAUUACAGGAAAAAGGGGGAGGACCCCAUCAGUAAUGUGUAUUUCUACAGCAAGUUUGCCCCUGACAAAGCUUCAAAGAUCCCCCAAAACCAGGUGGACAAGCUUCUCUCAGAGCGCUUUUCUGAGCUGUUCAUCACGGUUUACUGCAAGAGGAAGGAUAAAAAGAGUCUGGACGCUGCCAAGAAACACUUCGUCCAGUGGUGUGAAGCCAAGAACUUUUCAAUACUUGAGGAUGGAAACCCAGAGGAAGACAGCCAAAACAAUUAA